AUGUCAACUACCCAAACAUCCACAGCCAACGCUCACGGCAGCCAUGUACGACUCCGAACAAAUUCCUCUGUCGAAGAUGCGUUGCAUGAUUACAAGAUCCAUCACUCAUCGCAUCAACCUUCAUCAUCGGAUGGACAGCAGAGCAGCGAUCGCAACAUCGUGAUAGUCGCCGGCGGGAUCCCUCGAGAGGCCCAACCAAGCGAUUUCGACUCCUCUCUAGCUCCUCAUCCCACAGUUCCAUAUCCAGUAUCGAACCCAGGGUGGUGGACCGACACUUUCAGGCGUGUUCCUGACUAUCGACCUAUCAACCAACAUCUCGAUCUCAAUGAGAGACGGCAAAUGCUUUUGUUUACGAUUGUUGGCGGCAUUAUGGUCAGAGGAUGCUGGCUCAUGUCGGUUUGGGCACAGGCGUGGAGGAACACAGCUGGACGACUAACGGACAUUGGUCUCUCAAAGGUGGGAGGAGAGUGGUAG